ACUACUCUUCCACUCUCACAAUUGUUUAUUGACCUUCUCUUCUCUAAGUUACAUAGAUAGAUCCAUCCAUGGCUCUUCACAUUGACAAAUCCAUGGAUUCGGAAACUUGGACCACACGCAACAAACAAUCCCCCGACAACGACGAUGAAUACCUCGCUCUCUGUCUCAUCAUGCUCGCCCGCGGCGUCACCGAUCGUCACCUUGAGACCACCACGCGUCCUUCUUCUACAUACACUUGCACAGUCUGCGCUAAGUCCUUCCCAUCCUACCAAGCCCUAGGCGGUCACAAAGCCAGCCACCGUACUAAACCACCUCUUUCCGCCAAAAUCUCCACCGCCGCCGCCACCGACGAAAUCCCUCCCUCUACACCCUGCAACCUCACCACAAGUGCUCGUGUCCACGAGUGCUCCAUCUGCCACAAGUGUUUCUCAACAGGACAAGCCUUAGGAGGACACAAGCGCCGUCAUUACGACGGAGGUACUACUAACAACAACGUUGUAUUGUCGGAUGUCGGGAGAUCGGGUCGGAAUUUCGAUCUCAAUCUACCUGCAGUGUCGGAAUUGAGCGUUGACUUUCAAUUGCAAGUAAAGAGACGACUGGAAGAAGAAGACGUGGUGGAAAGCCCCGUCGUGCCCUCGAAGCAACCGCGGCUAUAGUUUGUUUACUCUUAAUAUUUGAUUAGGUUUAAAUUUGAUACUCUUUA